UUUGUGAGGGACAAAUAAGGCGAAUUUCCAAUUUAUUCAUCGAUUUAUUAUUUUAUUAUCAUUUUCUAUUUUUCAUUCGUUUCCUUCGCUCAUUCACAUUUUUUAAAACUCAUUUUUUACAUUGCGCGCAGUUAAAGAUACAAACUUUCUCUCGUUUCUGUCCUUAUGGGAAAGCAUGUCUGUCCAAAUUUAUUUUCUUUUAGUUCCUAAUCCUUUACCGAUUUCAAAUUUUAUAUUUAAUUUUUAAAAAUUUUUUUUAAUUUCUCAGGUAAAUAAUGGCCAAUAUUUCCGUCAAUGGAGUCGAUGAUUUGUUUGUUUUAAAGGAAAAACUAAAUUCAAUCCGCGAAGAAAUAAAUUUACUGCGAUGGCCACCAAAAGAACAACAAAAUCAGAAUGCCUUUUUUCACUGUUUUAUGGCCCUUUUUAUUUUUUUGAUGCAAUGUGGAUUUGCUUUUCUUGAAGCAGGAGCCGUGAGAGCGAAGAAUAUUACAAAUAUACUUACUAAAAAUGUUCUUGAUUCUUUGAUUACAAUUAUUUCCUAUUGGUCAGUAGGAUGGGCUUUAGCUUAUGGGCCUAAUGCUAACGAGGCACUUUCUGGCCUUUUUGGUUGGUCACAAUUCCUUGGUUUUGGACUCGACAAUUUUUCUCGUUUCUUCUUUCAAUACGUUUUUGCUGCGCGUGCGUCAACAAUAAUUUCUGGGGCUGUAGCAGAGAGAGCUGAAUUUACAACAUUCCUUGCUUAUUCAUUAUUUGUUCCAGCUAUUGUCUAUCCAAUUUUAACUCAUUGGGGGUGGUCAGAUCAAGGAUGGUUGGCUCGAGGUAUUCGCAUUGAUUCAAGUAAUUAUCACACAACUUACAUGGACUUUGCUGGAGCUGGAGUUGUCCAUCUUUGUGGCGGAGUAAUUUCCCUUGUGGCAGCUUGGAUGAUUGGCCCUCGAGUCGGACGUUUCUCAACAAACGGCCAUGCAACUCGUAUAGAGGGGCAUUCUGUACCUCUUGCCUCGUUGGGUGGUUUUAUUCUUAUGCUUGGAUUCCUUGCUUUCAAUGGAGGUUCAGCUGUCGAUAUUGCUCGUCCUGGUAGUGGACAAUUAGUUGCUAAAGCAAUGGUUAUAACCUUAAUUUGUGGCGCUUUUGCUGCUAUAGUUGUACUUAUUGAACACAAAUUAUGGCAUGAUAAAUGGACUGUUCUUCUUACAAUGAAUGGAUGUUUAACUGGAAUGAUUUCCUCCUGUGCUGGAUGCAACCAAAUGGAAAUGUGGGGAACUGUAAUAACUGGGAUGGGUGGAGGACUUUUUUACAUUGGAUUUUCUAAAUUAUUGCUAAAGCUUCGAAUUGACGACCCCCUCGAUGCAUUUGCGGUACACGCUGGUGGCGGUCUUUGGGGUCUUAUCUCUGUUUGUAUUGUUAGUAAUCAGCCUGGUAGAGGGUUGAUUUAUGCUUUGUUUAGUUGGUCAUUAACUACAAUUUUACAUGCGAUAUUGCAAUUUGGUUGGCAACUUUUGGCUGCAAUUGUCAUCAUUUUAUGGUCUGGAUUACUGGUUAUUCCAUUAUUUGGGUUUCUUAAAUUAGUGCACAAAUUUCGUGUUCCUGCCGAUAUUGAGCGCAAAGGAAUUGACAUCUGGAAACAUGGGGAAGAUGCUUAUCCAUUGGUAGCUUAUGGACAUGGUUGGGAUGAAAUGGAAGGAAAUAUUGAACAAAUGAUUAAUCAACACGAAGUUGAGAAAAAAUUAAAAGAUAGAAUGCAACAACAUCCUUCAACAAAUACAUCAACCAGUCCUCGAUAUGUUGCUACGAUUUGGCAUGAUCCGGAUAAAUAUGGGACGUUGAACCGAAGGGUUAGUUUAUUUAAAUAA